CGGUUUGAUUCAGCCUCCUCGGUUACCGUAGACACUCCGUUGAAAUGGCCCUAUUUUAAAGUUCCUGGGGGAAGAGUCGAGGGACCUGGACAAACCAGGGCAAAGGGGCCAGGAUUGAGCUCAACCUAUAAACAAUUUGACAUUCUACAUACCAGGGAUAUAGUUUCCAUUCCGAAGACGAGGUGCAACACGAAACACCAAGGUCUUCACUUCCCGAUAACGUCAGAAAAUAAAGAAAAUGGCGGAGCCGGACAAAUUAAACAUCGACUCUAUAAUUCAACGCCUCUUGGAAGUCAUGACAACACGCACCUGCAGUGUGCAGCGGAGAACUUAUUAGGAAUCAAGGGGUCUCGGCCCGGGAAGAACGUUCAGCUAACCGAGAAUGAGAUCCGUGGCCUUUGCCUCAAGUCCCGCGAAAUCUUCCUGAGCCAGCCAAUCCUGCUCGAGCUGGAGGCCCCUUUAAAAAUCUGUGGUGAUGUCCACGGCCAGUACUAUGAUCUCCUCCGACUCUUUGAAUAUGGAGGCUUCCCACCAGAAAGCAACUACCUGUUCCUGGGCGACUAUGUAGACAGAGGGAAGCAGUCGCUGGAGACCAUCUGCUUGCUUCUAGCCUACAAGAUCAAAUAUCCCGAAAACUUUUUCCUGCUGCGUGGAAACCACGAGUGCGCCUCUAUUAAUCGAAUCUACGGCUUUUAUGAUGAGUGUAAGCGGCGGUAUAACAUUAAGCUGUGGAAGACCUUCACAGACUGCUUCAAUUGUUUACCCGUGGCUGCCAUCGUAGACGAGAAAAUCUUCUGUUGUCAUGGAGGCCUGUCUCCGGACCUCCAGUCCAUGGAGCAGAUCCGCAGAGUAAUGCGCCCCACAGACGUGCCUGACCAGGGUCUGCUGUGCGACCUGCUGUGGGCCGACCCCGACAAAGACGUGCUGGGCUGGGGGGAGAACGACCGCGGCGUCUCCUUCACGUUCGGGGCCGACGUGGUGGCCAAGUUUUUGCACAAACACGACAUGGACCUAAUAUGCAGGGCACAUCAGGUGGUUGAAGAUGGUUAUGAGUUUUUCGCAAAGAGGCAGCUCGUCACUCUGUUCUCAGCCCCCAACUACUGUGGAGAGUUUGACAAUGCUGGUGCCAUGAUGAGUGUGGAUGAGACGCUCAUGUGCUCCUUCCAGAUUCUCAAACCAGCAGAUAAGAAAUUGUAUCCUUAUGGAGGAGGGGGAGGAAUGGGGUCGGGAAGGCCGGUGACCCCUCCGCGAAAUUCAGCCAAGGCUGCCAAGGCCAAGAAAUAACACCCGCUGCGUCCUCUUUCUAUGAAUUGCCACCCCGUGUUGGCCCAACAGUCUUUUCUUUUUUUCCUCUACCUCCCAAACUUGUUUCUCCCUCGUCACGAAACGGCAACAAAGUAAACAAGUGUCCAGGGUUCAGUCACACUUUCUCUCUUUGAAAUUGAUUUUAACUGUUUGUUUGGAUAUCUGCGUGCUUUUAUUUUUUUCUCUCUUGUGUCCGAGUAUCUGUUCAGAAGUGAGAAUGAGACAGAAGGAGUUGCUGU